UAAACACGAAGAGUUGAAAGACAUGCAUCGAGUCGUGUCAUCAACAACGGCCCUGUGUAACAGAGGGAGAAAGACGCCGUCUGUGUCGCGUCGCUCAGAGGUCGCGGUGACGUCUGUGAUCUUCCAUCGCUGGGUCUGUCAGCGCACAGAGUAAUUCCUCCGUCACCUGGUAGUAUGCAGGGUGUGGAGGGGACUAAACGCACUCAUUUGGAACUAGAUAGCAUCGGUUUAGGAAACAAUCGUUAAAGUGGCAGCCAGCUAUGGUUGACCCGUCUGAGCCAGAGGACCAGACCAAAGGGAAACAGAUGGAUGCCCUGCCGGUGGCCUCUGCACCCACCAGACUACCAGACCAGGCCUCUGCACCCACCAGACUACCAGACCAGGCCUCUGCACCCACCAGACUACCAGACCAGGCCUCUGCACCCACCAGACUACCAGACCAGGCCUCUGCACCCACCAGACUACCAGACCAGGCCUCUGCACCCACCAGACUACCAGACCAGGCCUCUGCACCCACCAGACUACCAGACCAGGCCUCUGCACCCACCAGACUACCAGACCAGGCCUCUGCACCCACCAGACUACCAGACAAGGCCUCUGCACCCACCAGACUACCAGACCAGGCUGAUGGGAAAGCAACAGAGGAGGGCGAGGGUGUGGGUGGCAAUGAUGCAGAGACCACACCCAUACACUCUGCUGGGCUGUGGGAGAGGAUGGUAGCUCCUCCCCCUGUUGCACAGGAGGCCAGUCCUCCCAGUCCAAACACCCAGCCCCAGCUUCAGGGCCCUCAGGACAGGCAGCUUCAUUCUCCAAGCCCUCCAGACUUCCAGCCUCCCAGUCCACACACCCAGCUCCAGCUUCAGGGCCCUCCAGACUUCCAGCCUCCCAGUCCACACACCCAGCCCCAGCUUCAGGGCCCUCCGUACAGGCAGCUUCAAUCUCCAAGCCCUCCAGACUUCCAGCCUCCCAGUCCACACACCCAGCUUCAGGGCCCUCCAGACUUCCAGCCUCCCAGUCCACACACCCAGCUCCAGCUUCAAGGCCCUCCAGACUUCCAGCCUCCCAGUCCACACACCCAGCCACAGAGCCCUCAGGUCAGUCUGGAGGCAGCAACCUCCCUGUCGAACAGCAGCCAAGCUCUGAACCCUCUACCUCAAGACCUCCAGCCUCCAAGCAGCGACCCAGAGCCCAGAGAACCAUGCCCCAAGCUGCACCUGGACCUAUAUAACUUCGACACCCCGGUGGCAGAGGGAAGCCGUUAUGUCCUGACCAGCCCCCGCUCCUUGGAGGCCUGCGCCCGCUGCGGGGUCAAACCCGUGGAGAUCUUGUCGCGCCCGUUGUCAGACUUCGCCCGUGAGGCCCCGGGACGGUCCAUGCGCGUGGCGACGGGCAUGUUUGAGGUGUAUGAGAAGGACAGGCACGCCAAGCUGAGAGCAUGCCGGGAGGAGAGAGAGAGGAUCAUACGGGAAGAUAAGAGGAGAAUCCUUCAGGCUGCAGUCAACGGACAUGCUGCAUCAUCAACAGAGGAACAGCACAGAGCACCAGUCACAUCCAGCUUAACUCCGCUAUCUAAACCAGGCCCUGUGGCCUCUAGUCCUACUAAAUCUAAACCUUCCCCCAGUAGUGCAGGACAGGCCUCUAGAGCUUCUUCUACAACACCAGGUCCAAGCAUUAAUAAAACUAGUGCAAAUCUUCUAGCUAAAAGUAGCUCUCUGCAGUCUUCUAAGACCAGCUCAUUCAGCUCUGCUUCCUCAUCUUCUAAAGGUCUGGACUGUGGUUUUGGUUCUGCUAAACAUCCUAAAUCCUCAGAACUAACCAAGGCACCCCGCCCUGUCUCAGGUCCACCUCCAGUGGUCAGAAAGAUCCCCAGCAGCAGCACGACCACCACGCCGAAAGCCUCCAACACCUUCCCCAGAUCAGCCUCCAAACCUUCCUCUUUCCCCAGAACAACCACCUCCAUGACAUCCACCAUCUUCAAGAGUUCCGUGCAGAGCCCAGUCACCCCGACUACAGCAGCUCUCAAUGGCAUCACAGGGGGUCUAGGAGGGCCGUUCCCUCACCACAACGGCCACCCUGUGUCCACUCCAAAGGGCAGAGGGAAGAGCCACUCCCUUGAGUCCCUACAAAGGAGGAUGGAUACAAUCUCCACCUCUACCACCACCUCCACCACCACCUGCACCUCCUCUGGAGAGGAGUCUGGCGCCUCCUCCUCCUACAGCUGGGAUGGACCCAGAGACCCCUGGGCCAAGUCCUCCUCCCCCCGUGCCCGCACCCUGGCCACCUUCAACUCCUUGAUGGGGAGGAGCCUUAGCCUUGGGGACCUCAGCCACUCCCUCCAGACCACCCAGAAGGUGGAGCGUAUCGUCAAGGAGGUGCGGCGGCGGGGGCUGAAGGCGGUGCCGGAGCGGGACAGGAAGAUCGCUGCUCUGAUGCUGGCUCGGUACCAGGAGGAGGACAUCAUGAGCCAGACGCGCUACGUGGCUCACCUGCAGUGGGACAGCGAGAAGCGCCUGGGGGACCUGCAGCGGGAGCGGGAGGACCGGGAGAAGCAACGGGCGGUGCUGCAGUGCCAGCGGGCGUGGCAGUCGCAGGUGUCCCACCGCCAGCGUCGGCUCAGCCAGCAGGAGAGAGAGUCGUCGGCCGCUAAGCUGCGUCAGGUGGCGGAGAGCGAGGAGCGGUGGAGGGAGCUGGCAGAGCUGCAAGAGCGCAGUAGGCAGCAGAGGCUCCAGCAGGCUGCCAGGGAGGAGAAACAGAAGAAGGAACAGCAGGAGCAGAACCUCAAGGCUCUAGAGGAGGACAGGGCUGCAGUGCUGGAGCAGGAGCAGCUACUCCUCAAGGAGAAACUUACCAUUGCUGAGCUGAAGAAGCAGGAGAAGGAGCACCAGGCCCACGAGGAGCGCCGGGGACUGAACCGGGCCGAGAGGAGGCGCCACGCAGCCCUGAUCAGGGAGAUCGCCCGGAGAGAGGAGGAGGAGCGGGAGGAUGCACGGAAGGCUGCUGAGGAGAAGCUGAGCCGUUCCCUGGAGAACUAUGAACAGAUCGUAGAGAGGAGAGACAAGGAGCUGAAGGAGAAGGCUAAGAGGGAGGAGCAACAGAUUCAGAAGGCAAGGAGGUCUGCGGAGAAGAGGGAGAAACAGCAGCAACAGCAGGUGGAGGCCCGGGCCAAGGAAGCAGAGAGACGGGCCCAGCAGGCAGCUUUGGUGGCAGAGGAGAGGGCCAAGGAGAAAUCCCAGAGAGCAGUACAGAGCAGGCAGGAGAAGGAGAGACUACAACGACUCAACAGACAGCGUGUGGAAGGGGAAGAGCUAGCCAGGAGGAUGGAGCUCCUCCAGUCCAUCGAGAGGAAGCUGGAGAAGAGUGAGCAGAUCUUCAGGGAGAAGAGAGCCGUGCUGGAGAGCGCUCGCUCUACCGCCCGCGCCUCCUUCCACGUACGGGACCGGGUCAGGGAGGAGACCAACAUGAGGACAUUUGAUAAGAUGGAUCUAGAGGCCCAAUUCCAGUUCAAAGCCAGCCUGGAUGACAAGUGAUGAGGCACACCUUCAUGCUACUGGUGAACUACUGGUUACUGGUAACUACUGGUUACUACUAGUUAAUACCCUGGACUACUGGUAACUACUGGUUACUACCUGGGACUACUGGUUCCUGGUAACUACUGGUUACUACUAGUUAAUACCCUGGACUACUGGUAACUACUGGUUACUACCUGGGACUACUGGUUCCUCGUAACUACUGACUACCCUGGCCUACUGGUAACUACUGGUUACUACCUGGGACUACUGGUUCCUGGUAACUACUGGUUCCUACUAGUUAAUACCCUGGACUACUGGUAACUACUGGUUACUACCCGGGACUACUGGUUACUGGUAACUACUGGUUACUACUAGUUAAUACCCUGGACUACUGGUAACUACUGGUUACUACCUGGGACUACUGGUUCCUGGUAACUACUGGUUACUACUAGUUAAUACCCUGGACUACUGGUAACUACUGGUUACUACCUGGGACUACUGGUUCCUCGUAACUACUGACUACCCUGGACUACUGGUAACUACUGGUUACUACCUGGGACUACUGGUUCCUGGUAACUACUGGUUACUACUAGUUAAUACCCUGGACUACUGGUAACUACUGGUUACUACCCGGGACUACUGGUUACUGGUAACUACUGGUUACUACUAGUUAAUACCCUGGACUACCGGUAACUACUGGUUACUACCCGGGACUACUGGUUCCUGGUAACUACUGGUUCCUACUAGUUAAUACCCUGGACUACUGGUAACUACUGGUUACUACCUGGGACUACUGGUUCCUCGUAACUACUGACUACCCUGGACUACUGGUAACUACUGGUUACUACCUGGGACUACUGGUUCCUGGUAACUACUGGUUACUACUAGUUAAUACCCUGGACUACUGGUAACUACUGGUUACUACCUGGGACUACUGGUUACUGGUAACUACUGGUUACUACUAGUUAAUACCCUGGACUACCGGUAACUACUGGUUACUACCCGGGACUACUGGUUCCUGGUAACUACUGGUUCCUGGUAACUACUGGUUACUACUAGUUAAUACCCUGGACUACUGGUAACUACUGGUUACUACCCGGGACUACUGGUUCCUGGUAACUACUGGUUACUACUAGUUAAUACCCUGGACUACUGGUAACUACUGGUAACUACCGACUACCCUGGACUACUGGUAACUACUGGUUACUACCCGGGACUACUGGUUCCUGGUAACUACUGACUACCCUGGACUACUGGUAACUACUGGUUACUACCCGGGACUACUGGUUCCUGGUAACUACUGACUACCCUGGACUACUGGUAACUACUGGUUACUACCCGGGACUACUGGUUCCUGGAAACUACUGACUACCCUGGACUACUGGUAACUACUGGUUACUACCCAGGACUACUGGUUCCUGGUAACUUCUGACUACCCUGGACUACUGGUAACUACUGGUUACUACCCUGGACUACUGGUUCCUGGUAACUACUGACUACCCUGGACUACUGGUAACUGCUGGUAACUACCUGGGACUACUGGUUUCUGGUAACUACAGACUACCCUCGACUACUGGUUACUACCCGGGACUACUGGUUCCUGGUAACUACUGACUACCCUGGACUACUGGUAACUACUGGUUACUACCCUGGACUACUGGUUCCUGGUAACUACUGGUUACUACCCAGGACUACUGGUAACUACUGGUUACUACCCUGGACUACUGGUUACUACCCAGGACUACUGGUAACUACUGGUUACUACCCAGGACUACUGGUUCCUAGUAACUACUGACUACCCUCUAAUACUGGUAACUACUGGUUACUACCCAUGACUACUGGUUCCUGGUAACUACUGACUACCCUGGACUACUGGUAACUACUGGUUACUACCCUGGACUACUGGUUAGUGGUAACUACUGACUACCCUGGACUACUGGUAACUACUGGUUACUACCCUGGACUACUGGUUCCUGGUAAGUACUGGCUACCCUGGACUACUGGUAACUACUGGUUACUACCCGGGACUACUGGUUCCUGGUAAAUACUGACUACCCUGGACUACUGGUUCCUGGUAACUACUGACUACCCUGGACUACUGGUUACUACCUGGGACUACUGGUUAAUGGUAACUACUGACUACCCUGGACUACUGGUAACUACUGGUUACUACCCGGGACUACUGGUUAGUUGUAACUACUGACUACCCUGGACUACUGGUAACUACUGGUUACUACCCUGGACUACUGGUUCCUGGUAACUACUGACUACCCUGGACUACUGGUAACUACUGACUAGCCUGGACUACUGGUAACUACUGGUUACUGCCCUGGACUACUGGUUCCUGGUAACUACUGACUACCCUGGACUACUGGUAACUACUGGUUACUACCCGGGACUACUGGUUCCUGGUAACUACUGACUACCCUGGACCAUCGGUAACUACUGGUUACUACCCGGGACUACUGGUUCCUGGUAACUAGUUACUGCUGUUAACUACUGGUUACUACCCUGGAUUAGUGGUUACUACUGGUUAACCAGGCUAUAGCCAGGGUUGGACAGGUUACUUUGUAAAUGUAAUUCAUUACAGUUGCUAGCUACCUGUGCAAAAUCAACUUUUGGAUUACCCAAACUCAGUAACGUAAUCUGAUUCUUUUGGAUUACUUUUCCCUUAUUAAGAGGCAUUAGAAGAGGUCUAAAAGGAUCCAUCCAACACAUUUGGUGUGUCAUCAUAGUGCUCUCUGAUUGGUGGUCAUAAUUUGGUGUGUCAUCAUAGUGCUCUCUGAUUGGUGGUCAUCAUAAUGGUGUCUGAUUGGUGGUCAUCAUUUGGUGUGUCAUCAUAGUGCUCUCUGAUUGGUGGUCAUCAUUUGGCGUGUCAUCAUAGUGCUCUCUGAUUGGUGGUCAUCAUUUGGUGUGUCAUCAUAGUGCUCUCUGAUUGGAGGUCAUCAUUUGGUGUGUCAUCAUAGUGCUCUCUGAUUGGUGGUCAUCAUUUGGUGUGUCAUCAUAGUGCUCUCUGACUGCUUAUAGCCUCCUAACUAGCUGCAAAUGCUGCACAGCUUUAAAACAUAUGUCUCUCAUGAGGAAUGGUGUCUCCUGUCCUACCCUUUCCUCUUUACACCUCACCCAUUUAUUUGGUGAAAUCAGAAUCAUUCCUUUGUAUUGUUUAGACAAAUUAUCUUAAUGCCAAAAGUACACUUUAUAAUAUGCAAAUCAAUGAAGAAUAAUAAUAAAUAAAAUAAAAUAGUGUAUGCAGGUUGACUUGGACAAAGAUCUGCUCUUGUGGAUUAUAAACCAACAGUUUGGGACAUAAUAUAUUAUGUGGAUCAGAGUGUUCCACCUAGUAACACAGCCCCCUCCAUGCUCCCUCUUUAUCAGAUCUACCCAACUGAGAGCUGUGCUGUUGGAAUGAAAAGAACCAUUGUUGCCCCGGGAAGCACAACUCCAUGACAACUAGCCACAUUGGCUGCUUUUAACGGAGCCCUUCUCUCUCUUUAGGGGGAGAGAGAAUCAGAUAGAAAGGGGAAAGGAAGCACAAGUGAGUGGUCUGAGAGCCCUAAAGCAGACCAGGGACUCUUUUGUGUGUUGUGAUGCAGAUGGAGAAACUGUGUGUUGUACACUCUUAGAAAAAAGGUGCAAUCUAGAAUCUACAAGGGUUCUUCGGCUGUCCCCAUAGGAUAACCCUUUGAAGAACCAUUUUUGGUUCCAGGUAGAACCCUUCCCAGAGAGGGUUCUACAUGGAAUCCAAAAGAGUUUUUACCCGGAACCGAAAAGGGUUCUACCUGGAAUCAAAAAGAGUUCUCCUAUGGUGGCAGCCAAAUAACCUGUUUGGAAGUUGUUUUUCUAAGUGUGUAGUGUAUUCUGUACUGUGCUGUUUCUGAGCCCUUGGCUGUACUCGCCUCCUGUCUUCACCGUACGGCCGAGCCGACCAACCAACCGCUGACGAAGCAGCUGUGGCAGAGCAACGUGACAUCACUCAGAGUGAUGUCAGCACAACACAACCCAGCCAGCUGCUGAUGAGGCAUCAGAGAGAACCCUGAUUCUACUGCAGUAUAGAAUCUACCUGGCCCCUGAUUCUACUGUAGAAUAUAAUCUACCUGGCCCCUGAUUCUACUGUAGAAUAUAAUCUACCUGGCCCCUGAUUCUACUGCAGUAUAGAAUCUACCUGGCCCCUGAUUCUACUGUAGAAUAGAAUCUACCUGGCCCCUGAAUCUACUGCAGUAUAGAAUCUACCUGGCCCCUGAUUCUACUGUAGAAUAUAAUCUACCUGGCCCCUGAUUCUACUGUAGAAUAUAAUCUAUUUGGCCCCUGAUUCUACUGUAGAAUAUAAUCUACCUGGCCCCUGAUUCUACUGUAGAAUAGAAUCUACCUGGCCCCUGAUUCUACUGUAGAAUAUAAUCCACCUGGCCCCUGAUUCUACUGUAGAAUAUAAUCUACCUGGCCCCUGAUUCUACUGUAGAAUAUAAUUUACAUGGACCCUGAUUCUACUGCAGUAUAGAAUCUACCUGGCCCCUGAUUCUACUGUAGAAUAUAAUCUAACUGGCCCCUGAUUCUAAUGUAGAAUAUAAUCUACCUGGCCCCUGAUUCUACUGUAGAAUAUAAUCUACCUGGCCCCUGAUCCUACUGUAGAAUAUAAUCUACCUGGCCCCUGAUUCUACUGUAGAAUAUAAUCUACCUGGCCCCUGAAUCUACUGUAGAAUAUAAUCUAUCUGGUCCCUGAUUCUACUGUAGAAUAUAAUCUAUCUGGCCCCUGAAUCUACUGUAGAAUAUAAUCUACCUGGCCCCUGAUUCUACUGUAGAAUAUAAUUUACAUGGACCCUGAUUCUACUGUAGAAUAUAAUCUACCUGGCCCCUGAUUCUACUGUAGAAUAUAAUCUACCUGGCCCCUGAUUGUACUGCAGUAUAGAAUCUACCUGGCCCCUGAUUCUACUGUAGAAUAUAAUCUACCUGGAACCUGAUUCUACUGUAGAAUAUAAUCUAACUGGCCCCUGAUUCUAAUGUAGAAUAUAAUCUACCUGGCCCCUGAUUCUACUGUAGAAUAUAAUCUACCUGGCCCCUGAUCCUACUGUAGAAUAUAAUCUACCUGGCCCCUGAUUCUACUGUAGAAUAUAAUCUACCUGGCCCCUGAAUCUACUGUAGAAUAUAAUCUAUCUGGCCCCUGAUUCUACUGUAGAAUAUAAUCUAUCUGGCCCCUGAAUCUACUGUAGAAUAUAAUCUAUCUGGCCCCUGAAUCUACUGUAGAAUAUAAUCUACCUGGCCCCUGAUUCUACUGUAGAAUAUAAUUUACAUGGACCCUGAUUCUACUGUAGAAUAUAAUCUACCUGGCCCCUGAUUCUACUGUAGAAUAUAAUCCACCUGGCCCCUGAUUGUACUGCAGUAUAGAAUCUACCUGGCCCCUGAUUCUACUGUAGAAUAUAAUCUACCUGGAACCUGAUUCUACUGUAGAGGUGUUCUAUAGUAUAGAGACCGGUAUGUUCUAUAAACACUCCUGGACUGUCCUCCAGGAUCCUAUGCCUGUCUCUCCUCAUGUCAUAUAACAGGAAACAUCCGAGCCUUGGUUGUGCAGUGGAGUGUAGUAUAGAACCUUCCUAGUUUUGCUGCAGAGGUUUUCUAUACCCUCCUGGACACUCUCUCCUGUUCCAUCCCCUCUGCUGCUAUUAUGGAUUCAAUACCCUCCUGGUUCUGCAAUGGAGGACAUUCUAUACCCUCCUGGUUCUGCAGUGGAGGACAUUCUAUACCCCCCAUGGUUCUGCAGUGGAGGACAUUCUAUACCCUUCUGGUUCUGCAGUGGAGGACAUUCCUUACCCUCCUGGUUCUGCAGUGGAGGACAUUCUAUACCCCCCAUGGUGCUGCAGUGGAGGACAUUCUAUACCCCCCAUGGUGCUGCAGUGGAGGAAAUUCUAUACCCUCCUGGUUAUGCAGUGGAGGACAUUCUAUACCCUCCUGGUUCUGCAGUGGAGGACAUUCUAUACCCUCUUGGUUCUGCAGUGGAGGACAUUCUAUACCCUCCUGGUUCUGCAGUGGAGGACAUUCUAUACCCUCCUGGUUCUGCAUUGGAGGACAAUCUAGACCCCCCUGGUUCUGCAGUGGAGGACAUUCUAUACCCUCCUAGUUCUGCAGUGGAGGACAAUCUAGACCCCCCUGGUUCUGCAGUGGAGGACAUUCGAUACCCCCCAUGGUUCUGCAGUGGAGGACAAUCUAGACCCCCCCUGGUUAUGCAGUGGAGGACAUUCUAUACCCUCCUGGUUCUACAGUGGAGGACAUUCUAUACCCUCUAUGGUUCUGCAGUGGAGGACAUUCCAUACCCUCCUGGUUCUGCAGUGGAGGACAUUCUAUACCCCCGAUGGUUCUGCAGAGGAGGACAUUCUAUACCCCCCUGGUUAUGCAGUGGAGGACAUUCUAUACCCCCCAUGGUGCUGCAGUGGAGGACAUUCUAUACCCCCCUGGUUAUGCAGUGGAGGACAUUCUAUACCCCCCUGGUUCUGCAGUGGAGGACAUUCUAUACCCCCUAUGGUUCUGCAGUGGAGGACAUUCUAUACACCCCUGGUUCUGCAGUGGAGGACAUUCUAUACCCCCCUGGUUCUGCAGUGGAAGACAUUCUAUACUCUCCUGAUUCUGCAGUGGAGGGCAUUCUAUACCCUCCUGGUUCUACAGUGGAGUACAUCAAUACCUUCCUGGUUCUGCAGUGGAGGACAUUCUAUACCCCCUAUGGUUCUGCAGUGGAGGACAUUCUAUACCCCCCUGGUUCUGCAAUGGAGGACAUUCUAUACCCCACUGGUUCUGCAGUGGAGUACAUUCUAUACCCCCCUGGUUAUGCAGUGGAAGACAUUCUAUACCCUCCUGGUUCUGCAGUGGAGGGCAUUCUAUACCCUCCUGGUUCUGCAGUGGAGUACAUUCUAUACCCUCCUGGUUCUGCAGUGGAGUACAUUCUAUACCCUCCUGGUUCUGCAGUGGAGUACAUUCUAUACCAUAGAGAUUAGAUAUCACUAUGUUUUAUACACUCCUAGACCCUCCUCCUGUCUCUCCUCAAGUCUCUGCUCCAGUCUCUCCUCCUGGACCUUCCUCAUGUCACGUGACUUAACAGGAAAGUGCUGUGUUCUAGCCAGAGACCCUCGAACCCCAAAUCCCCACCUUCUAUCCCCGGCAACCAUCCAGUUUGCCUCUCUGUGUGAAGUUUAACAGAUCAUGGCAAGGAUGGAAAGGGCGAUGACGUUCUCCACCUACCUAGUGCCCCCCACCUCCACCUCUACCUACCACACCCUACAGAACACAUCUAUUGCCAAAAUAACCUAAUAGUCUAUGUCCUACAGAACACUACAGCCACGCCUACAGCCAAUAGAUCUCUGCCUCCUACCACGAUGCCCUGGAGAACUGUCCUGAAUGUCCUACAGAACACCGACCUACAGAACACCGACCUACAGAACACCGACCUACAGAACACCGACCUACAGAACACUGUCCUACAGAACACCGACCUACAGAACACCGACCUACAGAACACCGACCUACAGAACACUGUCCUACAGAACACUGUCCUACAGAACACCGACCUACAGAACACCGACCUACAGAACACCGACCUACAGAACACCGACCUACAGCCAAUAGAUCUCUGCCUCCUACCACGAUGCCCUGGAGAACUGUCCUGAAUGUCCUACAGAACACCGACCUACAGAACACCGACCUACAGAACACUGUCCUACAGAACGCCGACCUACAGAACGCCGACCUACAGAACGCCGACCUACAGAACGCUGACCCGCAGGGCUAUCCUCAAUGGGCUCUUAAAGGGCUUCAGUGUAUUGAACCAGAACAAGGCCUAGGUUAGAAUUAUGGGUCUGUAAUGUAUUGAACCAGAACAAGGCCUAGGUUAGAGUUAUGGGUCUGUAAUGUAUUGAACCAGAACAAGGCCUAGGUUAGAAUUAUGGGUCUGUAAUGUAUUGAACCAGAACAAGGCCUAGGUUAGAGUUAUGGGUCUGUAGUGUAUUGAACCAGAACAAGGCCUAGGUUAGAGUUAUGGGUCUGUAAUGUAUUGAACCAGAACAAGGCCUAGGUUGAACAUUAUUACCACAAUAUUAGGUUCAAUAUGAUGUUAUGUUUCCCUGCCCUAAAACAUGAGGGCUUAUUUUCCACCGUGGUCAUGUGUUAAGAUAAACAGUGCAUUCAGAAAGUAUUCAGAACCAUUAACUAGUUCCACAUUUUGUUACGUUACAGCCUUAUUCUAAAAUAGAUUAAAUAAAAAUGGUCCUCAUCAAUCUACACACAAUACCCCAUAAUGACAUCACAAUACCCCAUAAUGACAUCACAAUACCCCAUAAUGACAUCACAAUACCCCAUAAUGACAAAGCGAAAAACAGACAUACCUUUAUUUGCACAAGUAUUCAGACCCUUUGCUAUGAGACUUGAAUUUGAGCUCAGGUGCAUCCUGUUUCCAUUGAUCAUCCUUAAGAUGUACCUACAACUUCUUUGGAGUCCAUCUGUGGUCAAUUCAAUUGAUUGGACAUGAUUUGGAAAGACACACACCUGUCUAUAUAAAGGUCCCACAGUUAACAGUGCAUGUCAGAGAAAAAACCAUGUCAUGAAGUCGAAGGCGAAGGAAUUGUCCGAAGAGCUCCGAAACAGGAUUGUGUCGAGGCACAGAUCUGGGGAAGGGUACCAAAACAUUUCUGCAGCAUUGAAGGUCCCCAAGAACACAGUGGCCUCCAUCAGUCUUAAAUGGAAGAAGUUUGGAACCACCAAGACUCUUCCUAGAGCUGGCUCCUCCUCAGUAAAAGGCACAUGACAGCCCGCUUGGAGUUUGCCAAAUGACAUCUAAAGGAAUCUGACCAUGAGAAACAAGAUUCUCUGAUGAAACCAAGAUUGAACACUUUGGCCUGAAUCUCAAGCGUCACGUCUGGAGGAAAACUGACACCAUCCCUACGGUGAAGCAUGGUGGUGGCAGCAUCAUGCUGUGGGGAUGUUUUUCAGCGGCAGGGACUUGGAGACUAGUCAGGAUCGAGGGGAAAACUGGCACCAUCCCUACGGUGAAGCAUGGUGGUAGCAGCAUCACCAUCCCCCUGAGUAAAAGGUCUGAAUACUUAUGUAAAUGUUAUAUUUCAGUUUUUUAUUUGGAUAAAUUUAACAUUUCUAAAAACCUGUUUUUUGCUUCGUCAUUAUGGUGCAUUGUGUGUAGAUUGAUGAGCUGAAUUUUUGGGGGAUUUAAUUCACUUUAGAAUAAGGCUGUAAUGUAACAAAAUGUGGAUAAAGACAAGUUGAAUACUAUGUAUAUAUUAAUUUGUAUAAUUUACAGUGAGAUGCUUGUUUAGCAGUGAGUGUGAUGAGUGUUUCUUACCUUGUGUUUCUGAUCGAGAACAGAAUAUACCCAUGUAGCAUUGAACCUAUUCCUGUCCCAAAUCUGUUUGUGUUGUCUUGUCAAAUCCUGUGGUCAUUGUCAAGCAAUACAGCACAAACAGAUCUGUGACCAGGCUAAGUUAGAAACUGGUUUCAUAUUAUAAUUAUAUCAGAUACAAAUCUAUCUCUGUCAGUUUACCUUCAAAAUUUAUUCAAAGCUCUUUUUUUUCAAAACUUGGCAAUCUAUGUAAAUACAAAUCAACAAUCAAAGACGAGAAAAAUAAAUCCCAACGUGGUUUCCAA